UUUUUUUUUUUUCCCUCUUCCACCUCAUCACUCAUCAUCUCUCUACUAUUGUAAUUAAUCAACCCUGAAAGAAAUUCUCAAGUAUUCAUUUCUUAAACUCUUUGAAGUAUGUAUGUAUCCUCUUUGGACGCGAUUGAUUGAAUUCCCAUCCUAAAAGAUAAAACUGAAGCAGAAAUCCUAGUAUCAGUGUGAAUUUGAAUAUGAAUAUGAAUAUGAAUGACAUGUACAAUUGUCAAUUUCAGCUUCGGGAGAACUGCUACAAUAGAGUGAGAGAGGACAGAAGUCGGUUACUGUGGAGACUGAGAACAAGCACGCUCAAAACCUCUCAUUCUCAACAAUGCAGUCCACAGCAGCAAGAGGUUGAUAUCGUGAGAUCCGCAUUCGAGGAUAUUGUCUCUGAUGAAUUCCAGAAAAUGAAAGGCAACUCCACCGACACUCGUCUUUUUGAUUCUGAGAUGGAUGAUAUAUGGGAGUACGAUGGUGUUCAUUCCUCUUGCCAGGGUGAAUGUGAAGACAUUCUCUUAGAAAUGCAAAGGAUAUUUUAUGAAGAUCUCGAUUCCUACCCACCCAUGCAGCAAGGUUUGGAAAAUGAACUUGAUACUUGGGAAGAUGAAGUGGAUGAGUAUUUGGCAAGUGCAGUUUUUGAGCAUAUGCAGCUAAAUGAAGAUAAGGCCCACAAAGAGGAGAUUUGGUGUCCUAUUUGUAAGCGAGGAGAACUUAAAGAGGAUCACAAACUUAUAUACUGUACUCACUGUGAACUUCGACUAAACAAAGCCAGUGAGGUUUCUGACUGCCAGUGGUCAACUGUGUGAUUUCAGCUUACUUUGGGAUUCUUACGAGAGCGGCUAGCUGAAGCCCACACAGAGCAUCUGGACAGGGGCUGUAGGUUGAAGCCCAAAUUUUGUGUAAAGACACAGUUUAGUUUAACUGCAUUAUACAUUUCAUGUGAAGGUUGUGAAACAUUUGAGGUUGUAAUUUGACAGUUUCGUUAUUUAUGGUUUGGAGUUUGGACUGUUGUAUCAGAGGUUCAACACGCAUCAAGAUUUUUCUGCCUUU